UUAAUAAAUAGAUUAGCACAAAUAAAACUAUUUAAAAUUUAUAGCUAGUUGUUGUGCAUCAUAAUCUGAUUGGAAAGGUUACUAUUGUAUCCAGAGAGAUAUCUAGUUGGAUAUUAGAUGAUGGAAUUUUAGUGUGAUUAACUGAAGAUAUAUAUAACAGAUAUUAGACUGGUUCUUCAUCAUAUGAUUAGUCUACUUGUAUGAUAUUAGUUUAUUGUUUACCAUAUAUGUCUUAAUUUGAUUCUCAUUAAAAAGAAGAAUGGAGAAACAGAUAUUUUAUAGAUUAAUGUGAUGUUGUAUGUGAAAAAUACAAAUAAGCAAUUGAUUAUGUUUAUACAAAUAAUUCAUAAAAAAAAGUCAAACCAGGAGAAGCGCUAUUUAUGUUUUUGGAUGAAUACAAAGAUAUAUGCAAUAAUAUUAAUCUUUACAAUGAUAAUUUCGUUGAAAGAGAAAUUAAUUUAACAUUUUGUUUAUCUAUAUUUCUAGGUUGAAAAAUGAGU